CGUAGCCAAACUAACAAAAAUGGCAAUGCAAGUGAGGGCCAGCUAUUCUCAUCAUCACCAUAAGCAUCUCUACUGUUUGGUAACACCAACACCAUGUACUGCUCCAUCAACAUCUCUGCGCUUCUCAUUCCCAUUCAACGGAGUGACUGGAAUUUCAGAGACAAGAACCAAAAGGAGGAAUAUUAGCAGAAGACGACAUGGGAUUGUGGUAUCCAGCAGCGGCAAUUUGGCUGCACCAGUAUGGGAUAGUUGGAAGCCAGAGAAGGGCUCCUCUGCUCCUUCCCUCAGUGACAUCUUGUGGCCCUCUGCAGGGGCCUUUGCGGCCAUGGCCGCGCUGGGAAAGAUGGACCAAAUGCUGGCACCUAAAGGAGUUUCGAUGACGAUCGCACCAUUUGGAGCUGUUUGUGCUGUUCUCUUCUCUGCUCCUUCCUCCCCUGCUGCAAGGAAGUACAACAUGUUCAUGGCUCAAAUUGGUUGUGCUGCUAUUGGUGUUCUUGCCUUCACUAUACUUGGACCUGGCUGGCUAGCAAGGAGCACCGCCCUUGCUGCAUCCAUAGCUUUCAUGAUUUACACUCGUUCCGCACAUCCACCAGCUGCAAGCCUACCAAUCCUGUUCAUUGAUGGAGUUAAGUUGCAUCACUUGAACUUUUGGUAUGCUUUGUUCCCCGGGGCCGCUGGUUGCAUCAUCCUUUGUUUGAUUCAAGAAAUUGUGUGUUACUUGAAGGACAAUGUUAAAUUUUGAUUGGAAGCGAAUUUCAUAUUCACGGUACAUAUUCCAAGGGCAUGCUGUCAUUCCAAAAUCCUGACCAGGAAGAUGUUUGAUUAUCUCAACUGCUCCUACCACUCAUACCAUAGUUCUCGAUGGUUCAUAGGACUAGAAAAGAAAGCAGCGGGCUGGCACCAACAGUAUUGAUCUUCCAUAGUGUUUAGCUUGAGAAUUAAGAUGAUUCUUUUUUUCCAUUCUUAUUCUUUUGGCUACUGCAUAACAGAUAAGAUGAUGCAUUAGUUUCUUCUUUCGCCGGUGCCGGUGGAGGAAAGGACAGCACUCCUUAUCAUGCCUUGUUUGUUGCAAAAGGCCACCUAGAAUUUGAUUCUGUUUGUUGAUGAUCUCAUAUAUGUGAUGAGAGGAGCCUUGUAUUAUGUAUGUCAUGUACAAUUUGCAUCAGUUUCAAUACAAAAGAUGACAAUAGUUAUGAUAUAG